AUGGCUCGCUUUGGUCUUCUCUCGCUGGCUCUGUUCUCCGUCCAGGCCUUGAUUGGUGGCGCCUUCGCAGCUGAUGCUGCUGAGAAUGUUCAAGAGGCUCCUGAGGCUGUCAAGCUCGCUGUCUCGGCGCAGGCUUCCUUCCCUGCUUCCGAGAUCUUCGGUGUGAAGCUUGUCAAUGGCCACCCCACACAGGCCUUGAUUACGAUCACCAACGACGAGCCUGCUCCUGUGACGGUCAACUUCAUUGGCGGCUCUCUGUCGACCCUCGAUGAGAGCAGCAAUGUGAUCCACAACCUUACUGUGACCAGAUACGGUGUUGAGAUCCCCGCUGGUCAGCAGGAGAGCCUGAGCUACAGCUUCGCCACGGAAAUGCACCCUCAGGAUCUGAAACUCAGCAUCGUUUCGAUUAUUUCCAACAGCGAGGGACAACUCUUCCCGGUUUAUGCCCACAAUGGGACCGUCAGCGUCGUUGAGCCCGAGACCAGCAUCUUUGAUCCUCAGAUUAUCUUCCUGUACUUUUUCCUUCUGGCCUGUUUCAGCGCUACCGUCUAUUUCUUCUACACUGUCUGGAUCGCGCCCUACUUCCCCCAGAAGCGCAAGAGUGGAAAGACCCCUGAGUUCUCCAAGAAGUCGUCUGCCGCCGCGAAGAAGGUCGAGGAAGGCCCCAGCAGCCCUGCGGUCUCCUCUGCGACUACCUACAACGCUGACUGGAUUCCUGCCCACCACAUUAGCCGUCCCGAAGCUAGAAAGGUCAAGGGCAGCUCCCGGUCUAAGAGCCGUGCUUAG